UAUCUGAAACUUGCCCACCAAAGCGUAGUUGAAACUUGCCCACCAUUACCUUUGUCCUGGUUUUGAUUGGGCAAAUAGCAUGUUGAAACUGGUCUUUGGUUUCAUAAAAAAUAACAGAGAAUCUCUGUGAAAGCUAUUACUAUUUAGAGCCAAGAGCUUGAGGUUGAUGAUCAUGGGAAGUGAACCACAUUUUUUCAAGAUAAUUCUUGAUAGCACUAUUCGUGAGGGGAAAUUUCGGAUUCCAGGAGAGUUUUUGAGGAAAUGCAGAGAAGGUCUGUCGAGUCCUGUAGUCCUUAAAGUCCCUGGUGGUGCUAUAUGGCAUGUGGAGCUGUUGGUGUGUGGUCACGAGGUUUGGUUGGGAAAUGGUUGGCGAGAACUUGCAGGGUAUUACUUUCUGGCCUUUGGGCACUUGAUACUUUUCAAACACCAAGGAGACUCCAUUUUCCACUUAUUCAUAUUUGACAAGAGUGCUACAGAGAUAAAGUACCCAUGUGGUAGCAUCUGUGCUGGGAAACCAAAACUCCAAGAUCCCAAAACAGAAGAAAAUGAUGACGAUCUGCCAUCAGGCAAGAAAAGGGGGGAGAAAUCACCAUUUCUACUGUCUCUCAAGUGGACGAGAACUGAUUCAGCAAUGAAUGAAGGAAAGUCCAUGCCAGUGAUGUGCAAGAAGAGUGACUUCAGGCUGACUACGUUGACAAGGCCUUCUUCAUGUUCGGGUACAAAUGGAGCUCUUCAAGCUGCCAACAACUUCACCUCCGAGUAUCCAUCUUUCAAGCUUGUUGUGCGUUCAUAUCACUGGAAGCAUUGCAAUGUGACCAUACCAUGUCGCUUUUUCCGGAGGUAUAUUGAGCAUAAGGCAGAGAAUGCUAUACUUCAGGUCGCAGAUAGAGUAUGGCCUGUGCAGUUCAAACCUGCUCCAAGAUGUCACUCAGUUGCCCUAAGCGUGGGUUGGCGUGCUUUUGCAACCGCGAAUUCUCUGGAAGCUGGAGAUGUUUGCAUCUUUGAGCUGAUCAAGAGUAAAGUUCUGAAAGUAUCCAUUUUCAAAGGUGUAUAUUGCAAUUCCGUUAGUGUUUUACCAGUGUGUAGCAGUCAUAGACUGUAAGAUGACUAUGUUUCCAUAACUCUCUGUUGCCUGUGCUUGUGUCCUCUUGAAUGGACCAGUAACUUCAAAAUUGUGCACUUAAGCCACAACAAAGGCCUGAAAUUAAACUUAUGAAAUGCAACUUUUGUUCACUGGCGCAUGCAUGCAUGCAUACCCAGUCAUGAAAUAAAAAAAUGCAUGCAU